UUCGGUGUUUAAAGACUUUUCUUCCUCAUCAUGUCAGAGAGAAAUGACAGCAGAGCAACUGAAUUCAUUCUGACUGGAUUCCCUGGACUUCAUCCAGAGUACUAUGGUCUUGUUUCAGCUCUUUUGUUCUUUAUGUAUUUAAUGACAGUCAUAGCAAAUGCUUCAGUUUUACUCUUAUUUGCAACUAACCGCUGCCUCCAUAAGCCAGUGUAUUAUAUCAUCUUAAAUGUAUCUGUAUGUGACCUUCUCUUCAGCACUACAACUUUACCUAAAAUCAUCAGCAGGUAUUGGUUUAAAUCAGGGUCCAUUUCAUUUUUUGGCUGCUUUGUCCAAAUGUUUUUUGUUCACUAUCUUGGUUCAGUGAACUCUUUUAUAUUUUUCCUCAUGGCUUUUGACAGGUAUUGUGCUAUCUGCCAUCCACUCAAAUAUACAGUUGUUUUAAAAAAUAUCAACACCCAUAUUUUCAGUCUGACUGCAUGGAUGAUUGCCAGUCCAUUACCUUUAAUGUUAGUCAUUAGAGCAUAUCCUCUUCCUUAUUGUGGCCCAAAUGUAAUCAGUCAUUGUUUCUGUGAUCAUAUUGGGAUAACAGUUCUGGCCUGCACUGACAGGGCCCUGUAUGCUGUACCAGCUUUUAUCAGUGCAAUGAUUACACUCCUUGUCCCGCUGGCUUUCAUAGUUUUCUCAUAUUGCUCCAUACUUAUGGAGGUAAGCAAGAUAGCAGGCUGGAAAAAUCGUCUUAAAUCUUUGUCAACAUGUAGCACUCAGCUGAUAAUAAUUUCUCUUUAUUAUUUACCAAGAUGUUUUGUAUAUUUGUCCAGUGUUGUUGGGAUUAGUUUCCGUGCUGAUGUGCGAAUUGUAAUUAUAAUGCUUUAUAGCCUUGGUCCUCCAAUGGUCAAUCCACUGAUUUACUGCCUGAGAGCGAAAGACAUAAGAGAAUGUUUGUGGAAGCAAUUUUACAGAAUUGUGCCCCCAACGAGCUUUAAGCCCUCAGGUUUAACUAUUGGUUGGGGCUUUUCUGUAUGUUUCAGUGCUGAUGUGCGUAUUGUAAUCGUAAUGCUUUAUAGCCUUGUUCCUCCAAUGGUCAAUCCUCUGAUUUACUGCUUGAGAGCGAAAGACAUAAGAUUAUGUUUGUGGAAACAGUUUUACAGAAUUGUGCCUCCAAAGGAAUCAGCAGGGGACAAACCCUCUCCUUCUGCUUAG